UAUUUCAUAAUUGUUCACAAUAAAUUUAAUCUUCUAGUGUUUACAGACGUGUUGUAAAUUUAUACAGUUGUUAGAAUAACUGAAGGCACAAUGAUGCCACGCAUAUUAAAUGGACUUUUAACCACCACAAAUUAUUGCCAAAAAGUGCCUAACAAAGAACUCUUCUAUUGGUUAACUAUACCAUUUAACAGGGUUGACUAUGAAAGAAUUAAGUCGAUUGGCCCAGAUCGUGCAUGUGCUGAGUGGCUCUUAAAGAAUGGUGCCAGCGUCAGAUGGAAAGGUUUCUCAGAAUACUUAAAAGAUUAUGAUAAGUUACAGUCAGAUCAAACUCAAUAUUAUAUUCAAGCAAUAGAUGGUACAGACUCUGGAAUAACACAUGUAGGAUUUCCAUAUUUGGUUGGUUGCAGAUAUAUCGACGAGGUAAAACUCAUACGUUGUCGUUAUUUAUAUAACGCUGCCUUACCACUAUUAUCAGCAGUAAAGGAUACCCUAACUAUUCUUGAAAUCAAAGAAUGUAAGAGUAUAACCGAUCAAGGAGUGCGCAGUUUAAAAAAUCUCAAAAAUCUGAAGGCUUUGAAGAUUACUGAUAUUCCAUACCUGAAAGAUAAAGCUUCACUUAGAAGAGAGCUUAUAGAAGCUUUGCCAAAUUGUACAAUAGAAUUGACAUAA